AUGAUCACAAGAAGACAUAACACAAAGUUCUCGUUAAUGAUCUGUGGCGCAAAAGGCUCGGGAAAGUCUGCAUUCUUCAACAGCUUAGUAAACAAGGACAUUGUAAAGCAGUCCGAAUCAAAAGACAUUGAUAUUUAUAUAUUAAAUCUGGAUUGCGAUGGAGAGAUACAGAAGAUAACCUUUAUUGAUACCCCAGGAUUUGGGGAUUCAAUGAAUGACGAGGCAUUACAGGACUCGAUUGUUGAUUAUAUUAAAGACCAGUUUGAUUCGUUUAUUGAGGAAGAGACAAAAAUCAGGAGGAACGCAAAGUUUGAAGACACAAGAGUGCAUUGUCUGGUAUAUUUAAUACCUGGAACAGGACACGGAUUAAAGGAAAGAGACAUCGCAUUUCUCAGGAAGGUGUCUGGACUUGUCAACAUUGUUCCUGUUAUUAGCAAGGCCGAGGGAAUGACGGACUCUGAGCUGGUUGAAGUUAAAAGCCUGAUAAAUGAUCAGCUUCAGUACUAUAAAAUCAGGGUGUUUGAUUUUGAAAAUGGAAGCCUGCUGCCUAGCCCCAUCAUUGAGCAAGGUCUGAAUUCUGUCAUUCCGUUUGCUUGCGUGUUUCCUGAAAAUGUAGGCGAAGAUCUAAGAAUACGGGACCAUCCGCAUCGCACUGUUGAGAUUGACAAUCCAUCACACAGUGACUAUCCCAAUCUGAGAAAUGUGUUGUUGAGUUCGCACACAGAGGCAUUUAUUGAAGUCACUGAUACGGACUUAUAUGAGAAGUAUCGAUCAGAUGCUUUGGAAAACAUUUUACAGGAAUAA